AAAAUCUCAAAGUAACUAAAUACAUAUUUCUCAUUGUUGCUAGCUUGCCCAUUCUAUAAUGGAUAUCCAACUUGCAUUAUUAGACCUCAUUUCUUUCUUCUGCUUUCUUUCCUUUGUUACUCUAGUGAUAAGAGAAUGGACGGCGGCUACGAAGACGAAAACCGGCCGGAAGUUGCCGCCGGGGCCGCGGAAGCUGCCACUCAUCGGAAACAUGCACCAAUUAGUCGGCGAAAAGCCGCACGUUGCCCUGAGAGACUUGGCCGAAAAACACGGCAAGGACAUCAUGCACCUUCAGCUGGGACAAGUGUCGACUCUGGUCGUCACGUCGCCGGACAUGGCUAAAGAGUUCCUAAAAACUCACGAUUUGACCUUCGCCAACAGGCCCGCGUUUCUAGCCGCCAGCAUAAUCUUUUACGACAAAGCGGACCUGUUUCUUUGUCCGUACGGUGAUUACUGGCGGCAAAUGCGCAAGGUGUGCAUGUCGGAGCUCCUCAGUGCCAAAAUCGUACGCACCUUCAGCUCCAUCAGGUACGAUGAGACCUGUCGUUUGUUGGAGCGUGUCCGGUCGGCAUCCGGCACCCCUAUCAACGUACACGACCAGUUCGCCCAGUUUACGAGCUCGGUAGUGUCUAGAGCGGCAUUUGGUAAGGUAUUCAGCGGGACAAUAGAGUUGGUUCAUGAAAUAGACGAACUAUCGAGGUUGGCGGGUGGGUUUUGCAUGGCGGAUAUGUUUCCUUCAUGGAAGAUCCUUCACUCGCUCAGUGGCGACAAGACUAGGAUGAUUAAUGGUCACCACAAAGCAGAUGCAGUGAUAGAUAGCAUUAUAAAGGAGCAUAUAAGAAAUUUGGAUUCUGGGAAAAAGGGCAGCGGCGAGUCAGGUGCCGAGGAUAUGGUUGAUGUCCUCUUAAGGCUAAAGGAUAGCGGAACCCUUCCCGUGCCCAUCACAGACGGCAACAUCAAAGCUAUAAUAACCGAUAUGUUUGGCGCAGGAACAGAUACAUCGACAACAACGACACUAUGUGCGCUAGUAGAAAUGGUGAAAAAACCAGAGGUGUUAGCCAAAGCACAAGCUGAAGUAAGAGCAGCGUUCCAAGGGAAAGAGAUGUUGGAAGAGAAUGUGGUGGAAGAGUUGCAGUACUUGGAUUUAGUGAUAAAAGAAACUCUGAGGCUUCACCCUCCGGGGGCCUUAGUUAUAAGGGAGUGCAGGGAAGAGACAGUGGUACGAGGAUACACCAUUGCACCCAAAACAAAAGUACUUGUGAAUGCCUGGGCAAUGGGCAGAGAUCCCGAGUACUGGGACGAGCCGGAGAGCUUUAUACCCGAGAGAUUCAAGCUGGAUAGCUCCAUUGAUAUAAAGGGAAGUCAAUUUCAAUACUUACCAUUCGGUGCUGGGAGAAGAAUAUGUCCCGGGAUUUCAUUUGGAAUGGCAAAUGUUCAGUUUCCUUUAGCACAUAUGCUCAACCACUUUGAUUGGACUGUGCCUGCUGGAAUCACAGCUGAAGAGUUGAAGAUGACAGAAAUGCCUGGAUUAGCCUUAGGAGUAAAGAAUGACAUUUUCUUGAUUGCUACCCCUCGUGCUACGUAAUUAAUUAAUGAGGUGUUUCUUCUUAA